UUUUCCCAUUUCACGUCUUUUUCUUUUCUUUUCUUGUCUUUCCUCCCUUUCAGACAAAUCUAUUCGUCAUGGACUCAUUCUCACAGGGCCAUGUAUAUGAGCGAGGACAGCACAGUCGGCAACAGCAACAGCAUACCCCCCAUUACAGACACGUCUCUGUUCACCCUCAGAACCUGUCAACUCUUCAGGAGAGCAUACAUCAGGAAUCAGCCAUGAAUACUCUGCCCAAUGUAGGGUCCGACUCAUCUGACUAUGGAUAUGCCUCUAUGCCUGUUCACGAUCCACUUCAUCAUAACCAUAGCAGUAACAACAGUUUGCAACAGCAGCAGCAUAAACAUUCGGGUUGGAGCACAGGCCAUGUUGGUAUCAUGAUUGACGACCAUCAAGGCCAUGACCAAGAACAUGGACAUGCUCAAGGUCAUGCUCAGACCCAAACCCUUCCAUCAACUCAUACUCAUCCUUUCUCAUUUGAGCAAGGACACACGCCGACAGGCUCGCCUACAGCAGGGCUUCCGACCCAGCACAAACACCAACAACAACAACAACAACAACCACUUGAGCCCUUGCCUCCGUCCGCUGUGACAAGUCAUUCAUCCUCUCGAAACUCGUACACGGGAGGAAUGUUUAAGCAGGGGUAUUCGCAAUACCAAGGUCAGCUUCCUGGGGCUACACUCUCCCGACAUCUAUCCAUUCAACUCUCACCCAAUUCCAUGUUACUACCACCACCACCCCAGGCACUACAACCAGGAGGACUGAAGGACUAUCCUUCUUCAUCCAAUUCAGUUGCUAGUAGUCAGACAGGUGUGCCUUCACGUGGGUUCCAAUCAUCAUUGCAACAACAGCAGCAGCAGCAGGCGCAAGCUUCUCAGCAAUAUCAUUUCCAACAUCAACAACCACAGCAUCAGCAUCAGCAUCAGCAGUAUGCAACACAUCGGCAGUCGCAAAGUCCAUCGCAGCAGGUUGCUUUACCUCCACCACCGGUCAAACAUAUCCGUUCCCCAAUGCGAUCGCCCAACGUGCCCCAAUUAUCAUCGCAAGCCAUGGCACAUGCUCAAGCCCAGUCGCAGAUUCAGAUGCAGGCUCAGCAAUAUCGGCAAUAUCAUGCGCAGGGUCAGCAGCAAUUCCCACCGAGGACACAUCGCCGUAGUAUUCAACCAUUAACAUUGGAUCAACAGCAACCAAAGGGAGGAUCAUUCCGCUAUGUUCGAAAUCAAGCAGAUCUAUGGCCACAAAAAGGUUCACAAAAAUAUCGAUCAAUUGAUGCACAUGGCCAUAGUAUCAGUCCGUUACGAGCUCUAACGGAGCUUUUGACAAAGACAUACUCGCACUGUAACCGGGAUUUUAAGUAUGAGCCAUCCUACAAUCCUCGUCGUGUGUUGACCAAACCAUCUAAGCCUGUACAUAACGAGGGUUACGAUAAUGAGGACUACGACUACAUUUUAUAUGUUGGUGACAUUUUAGGCAGCGAAGAAAGGCAAAGAUACCUCAUUCUUGACGUAUUAGGCCAAGGAACAUUUGGACAGGUGGUCAAGUGCCAGAAUCUCAAGACGAAUGCGAUAGUGGCAGUGAAAGUGAUCAAGAACAAGCCGGCGUAUUUCAACCAGAGCAUGAUGGAGGUGACAGUAUUGGAACUCUUGAACGGGCGGUACGAUGUAGAUGACCGGCACCAUAUCUUGAGACUACAGGAUACAUUCAUUCAUCGACGACACUUGUGUCUGGUUUUUGAGCUGCUUUCUGUCAACCUGUAUGAGCUGAUCAAGCAGAAUCAGUUCCGUGGCUUGAGUAUGAGUCUUGUUCGUGUCUUCACGGCUCAACUAUUGGAUGUGCUCUGCGUCUUGAAUGAAGCUCGGAUUAUUCACUGUGACUUGAAGCCUGAAAACGUGUUGCUGAAAAACUUGGAGACACCGUCGAUCAAGGUGAUUGACUUUGGAUCUGCAUGUCAUGAGCAACAGACGGUGUAUACCUAUAUCCAAUCGCGAUUUUAUAGAAGUCCUGAAGUCCUCGUAGGAUUGCCCUAUUCAUCGUCCAUUGAUAUUUGGUCUGUGGGUUGUAUAGCAGCAGAGCUGUUCCUCGGUUUGCCUCUUUUCCCCGGAAGUUCCGAGUAUAAUCAGCUUUGCAGGAUUGUGGAGAUGCUUGGAAUGCUUCCUACAUAUAUGCUGGACAUCGGAAAAACUGCACAUGAAUUCUUUGAAGUGGUUCGGCCAGAUAGCAGCUAUGGUAGACCAGGAUCUAAAAAAUACCGUCUCAAGUCUAUAGAGACUUAUUCGAGAGAGCAUAACGUGGUAGAGCAGCCCAGCAAACGGUACUUUCAGGCGACAACACUUCCUGACAUCAUCAACAGCUACCCAAUGCUGAAGAAGGGAAUGACUCCCAAAGAAAUCGAGAAAGAGAUGUUGAACCGCCAAUCUUUCAUCAAUUUCCUUCAGGGGCUUUUGAACCUGAACCCGAUUGAGCGAUGGUCACCACAUCAAGCAAAGCAGCUUUGUACCUCCUACAAUACCAAAAAAGACAAUGACAGCUGA